AUGUCGGCGAUGCUCUUGGAUAUGUCGAAUAAGCCCGCAGAAGAGAGCCUAGCCACCAUUGACGAGGUCAUCGCAUUUCCAUACCGCGACUUGCAAUGGCGCAGUCGCUCUGACCCUCAAGUCCGCAUACUCCACAUCUUGCCUGCCUCCGGAUCUGGCGACGAUGUCGUGUGCCGACUGACUGCCGUUUACACUGGCGACCAGCCUUCAUAUGAAGCCUUGUCCUACACAUGGGGCGACAGUGAUCAUACGCGCACAAUUACGCUCAACGGCCAUGCUUACCAGGUCACUAGUAACUUGUAUUCUGCUCUGCAACAUUUGCGUCACGCAGACAAGGAAAGACGAAUUUGGGUGGACGCUGUUUGCAUUAACCAGAGCGAUCUGGAGGAGAAGAACUUGAUGGUACAGCAAAUGCAUCUGAUCUAUCACCGAGCCGAUCUUACCUUGGUGUGGCUAGGCGAAAGGAGCAGGGACAGCGACCUCGCCUUGGACCUAGUCUGUCUUCAAGGACAGAAUGGAGAGUUGUGCAUAGAUCCUGCAAUAGAGAGCGAGCUCGAACAGAAGCUCUUGGCUGAGAAGGAUGUCACAGAGGAAUCGCGUGAGCGCUGGGAAGCCCUUGCUGGCCUUUUUGGCCGACCCUAUUGGACGCGGGUAUGGAUAGUCCAGGAGCUCGUCUGGUCGUACUACAUCACUGUUGUCUGCGGCGAACGUCAAAUGCCUUUCAAUUGCUUCCGUCUCGCGCACUUCACGAUUUGGGGCAUUUUCGAUCGAUCCCGUCCUCUAUUAACUUCCCUCUCUGGUUCAAUAUUCGUGGGGCUCCGUGGAAUGAGGACGAUUGGGCAUAUCGUCCAGAUCCACAACUGUCUAUUCGAGCCGUCAAGACCACUCGGGUCGAUACUCUCCUACCUACGUAGAUGCAAAGCAACAGAUCCCCGUGAUAAAGUCUACGGAUGCAUCACUCUAGCUGAGCUCCCCCUCCCCAAAGGUUUGGAGGUUCGCUACAAUCUCUCACCCGCAGAAGCUUACACGAACGCCGCUCGAGCCUUGAUCGAACACGAUAAGAGCUUAAAGAUAUUGAGUAGUUGUGAGGACCAUGAUCUCGACCAGGAUGUCCCGGAAUACUUGACUUCCAUUGACGGAUGUCAGAGGCACAACAUCCCUGAGCUACCUUCAUGGGCACCAAACUGGGGCCGGCCGCGGCUGGGAGUUCCACUACCAGGGGACUAUGAAGUCUUGUCACUAGUCAGCGAGAUUUUUCGGGAGGACCCAUAUUUCGCCUCGGGUGCAUCGAAGCCUUACUACAAAUUUCUCGACGAUCAAAUGAGCCUGGUUGUCAGAGGUUUCGUUUUGGAUGGAGUAGUCGAGGUCGGCUCAGAUUUUUAUGGAAUAGGCGGCCAUCGUGAUUUUCUCCUUGAUGCCGUGAACUCCUGUUCGAGGUGGCCAGUAGCCGGUGUCCGAUACGGGUCUGGCCUUGUUGACUCACUGAUCCAUACCAUGACAGGGAAUAGGCACGGCGGAGGGACUAAGUUCCCACGGGGCUUCAUUCCCAAUCUUGAGAAUAGCGAGGAUCCCGAAGUGCAAGACAAUAUUGCCAGGACUACAUCGGGGAGGGUGUUUCUCAUCUCUUCGCAAGGGUUGUUGGGACUGGGACCGCGGAAUACACAAGUGAAUGACCGCCUCUGCAUUAUUGCAGGUUGCCAUGUUCCAGUUGUUCUGCGGCAGGUCCGGAGGGCUGGGGGUCAUGACGGGGAUGGCUGCAUCACUGUCACACAUGAAGAGACCGCGUAUUACCAUGUUGUCGGUGGAGCUUACGUACAUGGUGUUAUGGAAGGCGAGCUCGCUAGCCGGUUCAACAAAGCUGAGCUGACUGAAUUUGUGCUUCGGUAG